CUUGAUUACCCUCCAAAUAUUUAUUUGUGUUGUAAACUACUUGCUUGUAAGUAAUGAAUGAUACGAUGGUCUAUUUGCGUUAGUUCCCCGACACCUUCCUUCCUUCGUUCCUUCCCUGUAUGUAUGUCAAACUCUGCCUAAAAUGAGGACAAAUCACUUUCUGCUGCUGCUGGUGAUCUUCCUUUCAUUGACUUGUGUUCACGGAAAUACUGAUCCAUCCGACGUUCAAGCGCUACAGGUUCUCUACACUUCUUUGAACAGUGAUGCACGACUAACAAAUUGGAAAGCUAAUAAUGGCGACCCAUGCACCGAGUCAUGGAGAGGGAUUACAUGUGAUGCCACUUCUGUUGUUUCUAUUCAACUUCCUGAUUUAGGAAUUGAUGGGACAUUGGGAUACUCCUUAUCAAGCCUCACCUCACUCAAAACAUUGGAUUUAAGUGGAAACAACAUUCAUGACGCACUCCCCUAUCAGCUACCGCCAAAUCUUACUACCCUAAAUCUUGCAAACAACAAUUUAAGUGGGAAUAUUCCAUAUUCCAUCUCGCUGAUGUAUAAUCUGAAUUACAUGAACCUUAGUCGCAAUUUGCUUGCUCAGAAUAUGGGAGAUAUAUUUAAUAAUCUAACUAGUCUCACUACCUUGGAUCUCUCAUAUAACAACCUCACAGGGGAUCUUCCGAAUUCUCUGAGUUCGUUGUCAAGCAUUUCAACAUUUCAUGUACAGAACAAUCAAUUAACAGGUUCUUUAAAUUCCCUAGCUGCUCUUCCUUUGACUGAUGUAAAUAUUGCAAACAACCGUUUCACUGGAUGGAUACCAAAGGAGCUUCUUUCGGUGCCUGCUUUCAUAUAUGAUGGAAAUUCGUUUGAUAAUGGCCCUGCACCACCUCCACCACCAUACACCUCCCCUCCUCCUGGAAAAGCUCGUAAUAACCGGAGCCAUUCUCCUCCGUCACGUACACAUUCAGGCCCUGAUGAGCCAUCGUCAAAUACAAGCAGUGGAAAGAAGCUGAGCACUGGAGCUAUUUUAGGCAUAAGUUUGGGUUCGGGAUUUGUGAUACUUUUUACGGUUCUUGUUCUUAUUUUCUGCCUUCAAAAAGGGAAAAGGAUGGAAAAUGUCAGAAGAACUUCCACCGUAAAUCCUCCUAUUAUUGACGAGAAAGUUAAUGCAGAAAUGCAAGAGCAGAGGGCGACACCCGCAGCCAGCGUAAUUGAUUUGAAGCCCCCACCCCCACCAACAGAAAACUCCACAUUUGAAAAAGGGAAAAGUGGAUCCACUAAGAGAGUGAAAUCCACUAUAACUACUAGUUCCUACACCGUUGCAACUCUUCAAACGGCAACUAACAGCUUCUCUCAAGACAAUAUAAUCGGUGAAGGUUCUUUAGGUCGUGUUUAUAAAGCAGAUUUCUCCAAUGGAAAGAUGAUGGCUGUUAAGAAGAUAGAUAAUGCAGCAUUAUCACUUCAAGAAGAAGAUAAUUUUGUUGAAGUUGUAUCUAACAUGUCACGCUUAAGGCACCCAAACAUAGUUCCGUUGGCUGGAUAUUGUGUAGAGCACGGGCAGCGUCUUUUGGUUUAUGAUUACAUUGCAAAUGGCAGCUUGCAAGAUUUGCUGCAUUUUGCUGAUGAUACGAGCAAAACCUUAACAUGGAAUGCACGUGUUAAGGUAGCACUUGGCACUGCUCGAGCUCUAGAGUAUUUGCAUGAAGUUUGCCUACCGUCUGUUGUACAUAGAAACUUAAAGUCAGCAAAUAUAUUACUUGAUGAAGAACUCAAUCCUCAUUUAUCAGACUGUGGUUUAGCUGCCCUCACUCCAAACACAGAGCGAGAGGUGGCGACACAGUUGGUUGGCUCAUUUGGUUAUAGUGCUCCUGAGUUCGCAUUGUCUGGCAUAUACACUGUAAAAAGUGAUGUUUAUAGCUUUGGAGUGGUGAUGUUGGAGCUGUUGACUGGUCGGAAGCCACUAGAUAGUUCAAGAGUGAGAUCUGAACAAUCACUUGUAAGAUGGGCCACCCCUCAACUCCAUGAUAUUGAUUCAUUGGCCAAAAUGGUUGAUCCUACAUUGAAUGGCAUGUAUCCUGCCAAGUCUUUAUCUCGCUUUGCUGACAUCAUCGCCCUUUGUGUUCAGCCUGAACCAGAGUUCCGGCCUCCCAUGUCUGAAGUUGUGCAAGCGUUGGUUCGGCUAAUGCAAAGGGCAAGUGUGGUGAAGAGGCGAUCCAGUGACGACUCAGGAUUUAUGUACAAAACCCCAGAUCACGAGGCGUACGAGAUGUCAUAUUAAUAUAUCCAACUCUAAAGUAUUAUCCGGCAACGAAAACCUUGCAAUUUUCACAUACAAGGUCAAGACUCCACAUUGAUGAUGAUGAUGAUGAUGAGAUCUGAAAAAUAAUAAGAUCUGGAGUGUAUGCUUUUGUAUAUCUAAUUCAUUUUCCAUGGUCGCUUGAUGUUCAAAUUUUAAGGUAAAUAUAUAUAUACUGGUGAUUCGAUAUAUCUUUAUAUGAUUUUUUUUUUUUAAUUCUACUUUAUGUUAA